UGAGGGCCUCUUGAGAGUCCUGACUUCAGCUUCUCUGCUCAGUGUGACCAGAGCUUGGGUCGGAGAAACAAUGGAGUCCAACACAAUCCAGCUGACAAGGAUGGACUACGCCAUGAAGUCUCUCAGCCUUCUGUAUCCCAGGUCGCUGUCCAGGCAUGUGGCAGUGAGCACCGCCGUGGUGACCCAACAGCUGGUGUCUAAGCCCAGCCGGGAGACCCCAAGGGCGAGGCCCUGUCGUGUUAGCACCGCAGAUCGGAAGGUUCGCAAAGGCAUCAUGGCUCACAGCCUGGAGGACCUCCUGGUCAAGGUCCAGGACAUCUUGAAGCUUAAAGACAAGCCCUUCUCCCUGGUGCUGGAGGAAGACGGCACGAUCGUGGAGACAGAAGAAUACUUCCAAGCCCUGGCAAGAGAUACCGUGUUCAUGGUCCUGCUGAAGGGGCAGAAGUGGAAACCCGCAUCAGAACAGCGCAAGAAGAGAGCUCAGCUUGCCCUUUCCCAGAAGCCAACUAAGAAGAUCGACGUGGCCCGGGUAACCUUCGACCUGUACAAGCAGAACCCUCAGGACUUUAUUGGCUGCCUGAACGUGAAGGCGACCCUCUAUGACACAUACUCACUUUCCUAUGACCUGCACUGCUACAAGGCCAAGCGCAUCGUGAAGGAGAUGCUCCGCUGGACCCUCUUCAGCAUGCAGGCCACGGGUCACAUGCUGCUUGGCACCUCCAGCUACAUGCAGCAGUUCCUGGAUGCGACUGAGGAAGAACAGCCGUCCAAGGCCAAGCCCUCCUCCUCCUCCCUCCUCCCUGCCUGUCUGAAGAUGCUGCAAUAAAGACCAAAGUCCUCAAAGGCCUUCCUCGGCCACGGAUGCGACUGCGGACCCUGCGCUCGGCUGGCCGCGCCCACGUGCCUGGCAGCCAGACAGCUUCUCACCUGCCUGCGCCUCCCUCACAGCACAGUGCCAAGGAGACUGCAGGAAGGGCUGGAGCCCCGGGGUGGGCUGGCCGCAGGAGGACUUCCUGGCCUGGCCCAGUUCCUUCCUUUCUGUCUCAGGUAGCUUAAAGGACCAACACAGCCCUGGCAGGCACAAAGUCUGCCCCUUGUCCCCAUGUGCCAUCUUCUGUGCCACUCCCUCUCUGUACCACCACCCCCCUGCCCCGUCCUGGCUGCCCACACUCAUCAUGCAGUAGACAUUGCUAUAGUGGCCCCCAUCACACCUUGGCCCCAAACAAGUCAACGAAGCGAGCACCGUGCCACAGCACCAGCUAUGUGUAUGGCCAUGGAGCCAGAGUGGUUAGCACUCUGUAGUAGAAGAAAAGGAGGUGGGGGGCCUCGGGGGUCUCUCACCUGGGACUCUGAUCAUUCCCUCCUAGCCCCCAGCUGCACAUGAUCAUGAGGUGUGUGAGAGAGUGUUAGAGGUGAAGGUUAACUAAAGCCGGCAUGCCAGGGAUGCAGAUGGGGGGGGGGCUCCUUACCUAUGCCAGGGAGGGACCUUUAGGGAAUGCAAAUGGUCCUGAGUCACCCAGGCCCCUCCUGUAAGUAACAUAAUAAGCUCAUAGAUUCACCAAGCUGGACUUGGGUGGAACCUCGGCUUUGCCUCUCAUUGCCUGAAUGGACACAGUUCCUGUUCUGGGAAAGGCACGCAACUGCCUCUCUUGUUCUCAUUUUCCACU